GUCAUGGAAUCAAAUUCUACUCAAAGACCCAAACCCCCAUUUCCUCUACCAUAAACCCAUCAUUUCCUUCCUAAACUUCACCUUCUUGGCUUCCACAAAUGGCCUCCCACCACCACCUCCACCACCCUCACCCUCACCCUCACCACCACCAACCCCAACCCCCCACCACCGCCAUUUGCUGCACCAGCUCCUACAACACCUGCUGCUGCACCCAAUCCCACCAUCCCUGUCCACCACCACCACCAGCCACGGACCCACUUCUCCAAGCCCUCGCUUCUCAGCUUCUCCAGUCUAACCCACCAGAUCCCUACUCUCCCCACCCCAAUCACCACACCCACAAAUCCCACCACCCAAAACAUCGUUUCCACCACCAAGAACAGCAAGACCAACUUAUCUUCUCCCUCCUCUCCCGCAUCGAAGCCCUCGAAGCCUCCCUCCACCACUACUCCUCCUCCUCCUCCUCCUCCUCCUCCUCCUCCCACCGUUCCCACUCUCCGUACUCGCGGUCUCUCAGAGACUCAGCCGCCCGAGUGAUUCAAACCCACUUCCGUGCUUUCCUCGUUCGCAGAUCACAAACCCUCAGGCACCUCAAAGACCUCGCAUUCAUCAAGUCUGCUUUCACCUCUCUCAAAUCCUCGAAUUCCAGUGAAACCCACUUGGAUUUUCACGCCGUUUCUCAGAAAGCCAUCGAUUUACUUCUCAAGCUCGACUCGAUUCAGAGCGGCGAUCCGAUUGUUAGGGAUGGGAAAAGGUUGAUUAGCAGAGAUUUGGUAAGGUUUUUGGAGUUCAUUGAUGGGGUUGUUAUGAAAAGGCAUGGGCUUUCACUGAAAGCAGUGAAGAAUGUGAGGUUUGGUCAAAAUGUUAACAAAUCACGGGUUUUGCCCGCCAAGUGCGGUGGCGAUUUGGGAAGGGAUCAGAGGGAGAAGAUUGAGAAUUUGAGGGAUAGGAUCGAGAAGAUUCGUGGGUUUGCUAGAGUUUCGGAGAAUGAUGAGGAGGAUGUGGAGCUUGAAGGGUUUCAGCAUGUCAGUGACGAAGAUGAAGAAAACCUUAGACUUCGAUUUAAAAAUGGGGUGUUGGUGAAAAGGCAAGGGCUUCAACCUAAGGUCAAGAAAAAUGUGAGCUUUGCGGAAAAUGAUAAUGUGUAUCGGGUCAUUAGCAACUCCGAUGAACCGGUUUCGAGUGGGGAUGGGAGUGAUUCUAGUGAUGAUCAUGGAGAGCUUAUUGGGAACCUCUGCAGUGGGGUUGAAGAAGUUAAAGCGUUUGUUCAGGAGACUGAGGAGGAUGACGAGGAGGCACUCACGGAGAAUGGUGGAUCACCAGAGGCUAGUAGUGAUGGAGAAAGAAACCCUAGAGCCAGAAUGAUUCCGAGAAGAGAAGAUUUUUACGAAACCAAAGGCCAUGGUCAGGCUCGGAAUGAGUAUUUGUUAUUCUCAGCUCCUUUGCCACCGAAGAUGGAGUCGAAAGCUGAUAUGGUAAAGAGAAACAAGCCUGUGAAACUUGUGAAAUGAAUGGUUCAGUUUGUGUGUGGCUGUCGGGGUGGACAUUAGGUCUUCCCCAUCGUAUCAUCCGCAAAUGUCAUUCUAAUCAUUAGGUUUUGGUCGAUUAGUAGAACACCAAGAAAUAGAUGUCCGAUGGGGGUUUGAUCCUUUCCCUCGGCUGCUGGUAGAGGGAGUCCGAACACUGUUCCGUAAGAUGUAACCUUCCACCUAAAGAUUCUAUGUAUUUUGGAUGAUGAAUUUAACCAGAUUUCUUUCGACUCUU